AUGGAGCCCGUCACCACUACCAGCACGCCUGUACAUCGCCAGGAUGUUACCGAGCAGAGACGACCCAUCCCUUAUAGAAACUUGGCCGUCGGGGCGGCCAUGAACAUAUUUCAGGUGACCUCACUGGGCCAGCCUCUGGAAGUAAUCAAGACGCAUCUCGCUGCCAACCGUCAAGAUACAUUGCCCCAAGCGUUCAAGAAAACGUGGUCACGUGGUCGCUUCCUGGCUUUCUAUCAAGGGCUGAUUCCUUGGGCCUGGCUCGAAGCCAGCACGAAAGGCGCCAUCCUCAUCCUCACGGCCAGCGAGGUCGAGUACCACGCCCGCACGCGUCUGGGCGCCUCGCCGACGCUGUGCGGGGUCCUCGGCGGCAUUAGCGGCGGCGUGGCCCAGGCCUACCUCACCAUGGGCAUGACCACCUGCAUGAAGACCGUGGAGGUGACGCGGACGAAGAUCGCCGCGGACGGCCUCGGCAAGCCGCCCGGCACGGUCGAGAUCUUCCUGCAGAUCCUCCGCAAGGAAGGCAUCCGCGGCGUGAACAAGGGCGUCAACGCCGUCGCCCUCCGCCAGGUCACGGGCUGGGCGUCGCGGAUUGGCAUCUCGCGCUUCGCGGAGGAGACGAUCCGCUCGAUGCGCGGGAGAGGGAAAGACGAGAAGCUAGGGUUUGGGGAUAAGAUCCUCGCGUCGACGAUCGGUGGGGCGCUGAGUUGCUGGAAUCAGCCUUUUGAGGUCCUCCGUGUGGAGAUGCAGUCGAUGAAGAAGGACCCGUCGCGGCCGGUUUCGCCGACUGUGUUCUCGACGUUCAGGCAUAUUGUUGCUACGUCCGGGGUCAAGGGGCUCUUCCGGGGUGUGGUGCCCCGGAUUGGCGUCGCCGCUUGGGCGACGAUCUGUAUGGUUGGGUUUGGGGAUACGGUUAAGGAGUAUGUUAAUCGGUUGUGA